AUCUGAAAUUAAUGGAAGAAUUGGGGAUGAUUACAUUAAAAAACGGAGAGAAAUACUGUAGUGUUCCUCCGGCGACGACGACCUACUUGCUGUAUUUUACCGGUUAGAUUACGGAGAAAGCGACAAAGUCGUAAUCUGCUUCAAUGGCGUCUGUGAGGAUAAACGGCGCUGUUGUUGCAGCGGCGACGACGUUAGUGCUUUCUUACUGCUAUUUGAGCUUCUUCCGCUCCUCCGAUAAGUUCGAUUCGCGAUCCUCUGAGGAGAAGAAGAAGAAGAAGAAGCACAGUAGGAGAAACGGACUAGUCGAUGCCAUUGGCAAUACUCCUCUGAUUCGUAUCAAUAGCCUCUCCGAGGCUACGGGAUGUGAGAUUCUCGGGAAAUGCGAGUUUUUGAAUCCAGGAGGUAGCGUUAAAGACAGAGUAGCUGUGAAGAUCAUUGAAGAGGCUUUGGAAUCUGGUAAGCUAUUUCCGGGGGGAAUUGUAACAGAAGGUAGUGCUGGGAGUACUGCCAUAAGCCUUGCUACAGUUGCUCCGGCAUACGGGUGCAAAUGUCAUGUUGUUAUACCUGAUGAUGCUGCUAUUGAAAAGUCUCAAAUACUUGAAGCCCUUGGCGCUACCGUUGAGAGGGUGAGGCCAGUCUCAAUAACUCACAAAGAUCACUAUGUCAACAUUGCACGGCGACGGGCUGACCAAGCAAAUGAGUUAGCAUCACUGGCAAGAGUAGCGAGCGGGAUAAAUGGCCCACACCACGAAAAAGCUGAUGAAAAGAAAGAGCUUCCCUUAUUCUCAGAUUCUGUUACAGGUGGCUUCUUUGCAGAUCAAUUUGAGAACUUGGCAAAUUAUAGGGCUCAUUAUGAAGGUACUGGCCCCGAAAUCUGGCAACAGACUCAUGGUAACAUCAAUGCCUUUGUUGCUGCGGCGGGUACUGGUGGUACUUUAGCUGGCGUUUCAAGGUUUCUUCAGGAUAAGAGUGAAAGAGUUAAAUGCUUCCUGAUCGAUCCUCCUGGAUCUGGUCUGUACAAUAAAGUAACAAGGGGAGUGAUGUACACAAGAGAGGAAGCUGAAGGACGUCGACUGAAAAACCCAUUUGAUACCAUAACAGAAGGGAUUGGAAUCAACAGGCUUACUCAGAAUUUCCUGAUGGCAAAACUUGACGGCGGUUUCCGUGGUACUGAUAAAGAAGCCGUUGAGAUGUCGAGGUUUCUUCUGAAGAAGGAUGGGCUCUUUGUUGGAAGCUCCUCGGCUAUGAACUGUGUUGGGGCAGUGAGGGUGGCUCAAACCCUUGGUCCUGGUCACACAAUUGUCACCAUUCUUUGCGAUAGUGGAAUGAGACAUCUAAGCAAGUUUCACGACCCUCAGUACUUGGCCCUGUACGGGUUGAGUCCAACCGCAACUGGAUUAGAAUUCCUAGGCAUAAAGUGAAACGUUACAUCUGUUAUUGAUUACAAUAGGUUUCAUUCAUCAAGCCGGCUUGUCGGAAUCUUGUUGAUUUUUGACCCGAGGGUAUCAUAUUCUUUGUAGCAUUGUGAAUGACUCUAGGAUUUAUGGAUAAGACUAUAUCUGGAGUCAACGGAAGAAAGUCAAAGAAACAAUGCAUGUGUCUGACGUC